AAAAAAGGUGAGUGAGGAAAAUCAAAGACAUUGAGAUUGAGAAGUGUGAGAAAGAAAACAAAGAGCUACGGUACCGCCUGAUUUCUUCAAUCAAUCCUUGUUCAACUCAUUCACAUUCCUUCACCGUUACAAUUCACAAAUAACAACAAAACACAAAAGAAAAAACUCUCGCAUCUCUGUGAAUCGCAUUUUAGAGAGAGAAACGAGUAAUAAGAACGGUGAUAUGGAAGAAGGCCUAGUUUGCCAGUGGAGCGUUUUUAGAUCUCUUUUGGCAAUUCUUCAAUGGUGGGCUUUCAAUGUCACUGUCAUUAUCAUGAACAAGUGGAUCUUUCAGAAACUAGAUUUCAAGUUUCCUCUAUCAGUAUCCUGUAUCCACUUUAUCUGCUCGGCCAUUGGAGCAUACGUGGUAAUUAAAGUGCUGAAGCUUAAACCACUCAUAUCCGUUGACCCUCAAGAUCGCUGGAAAAGAAUCUUUCCUAUGUCAUUUGUGUUCUGCAUUAACAUAGUUUUGGGAAAUGUGAGCCUACGCUAUAUUCCCGUUUCUUUCAUGCAGACAAUAAAGUCAUUUACUCCUGCAACAACAGUUGUCUUGCAGUGGCUAGUAUGGAGGAAAUAUUUUGACUGGCGUAUUUGGGCUUCUCUCAUACCCAUUGUUGGAGGGAUUCUUCUGACAUCUGUUACAGAGCUUAGCUUUAAUAUGUUAGGAUUUUGUGCUGCCUUAUUUGGCUGUUUGGCUACUUCUACAAAGACUAUCCUUGCAGAGGCGCUGCUGCAUGGUUACAAAUUUGACAGCAUAAACACAGUUUAUUACAUGGCACCUUUUGCAACCCUGAUCAUGGUGUUACCUGCUAUGUUACUUGAAGGCAAUGGAAUUCUUGAGUGGCUAAGUAUUCACCCAUAUCCUUGGGCGGCCAUGAUCAUUAUUUUCAGCUCUGGUGUUUUGGCAUUCUGCCUUAACUUCUCUAUAUUUUAUGUGAUUCACUCCACUACAGCGGUAACAUUUAAUGUUGCUGGAAACCUUAAGGUUGCAGUUGCUGUCCUUGUUUCUUGGCUUAUAUUUAGGAAUCCUAUUUCUUAUAUGAAUGCGGUGGGAUGUGCGAUAACUCUUGUUGGAUGUACCUUCUAUGGUUAUGUUAGGCACAUGCUUUCCCAACAACCAUCCGUACCAGGAACUCCUCGGACACCCAGGACGCCUAGGAGUAAGAUGGAGUUGCUUCCUCUUGUAAAUGAUAAAUUAGAUGACAAGGUCUAAUUGGUUUAGUUACUAGUGAGGUUUCUGUUGUUCGAAAUUACAGUAAUAGCUAAAGGUUGGCUCGAUUUCACCAUGAUCGUUAUCUCCCCAUGUUUCUAUUUUGUUUCGAGAUAUGACUGCAACCUACAUCAUACAUGUGAUGAUAGCUAAUAGGUAUUAUGUAUUUAUGUAAGUGAUAAUGAAUCGAAACAAAUUGCUUUUAAAUGCACAAAGCUAACAAUGAAGUUGAUAACUUAUUACAACUCUUUUAUUUUCUGCGCA